AUGGCCAAAAAUCUAAAUUACUUAGCAUACAAGGAUUUGGUAUCACUAAAACAUAAUAACAAUAUUUUAUUGAACUUAAAAAUAAACCCAAUAUUAUAGCAAUGUUUGAGGAAAAUUAGUUAUGAUACAUAAAAUAACAGUAAGCCAGCUAAUGGCAUCACAUAAAUCUCUAAGUAAUUAAUAGAAAACGAAAAUUAAAGUUUUGAAACUUAGUUAAACAUUAUUGAACUUCUUCAUGAUAAAAUUGAAUGCAUGAGGUUGUUGAUGGAAGAAAACUAUAUAGUUUAAUUUGAUCAUUUACUAAACUACAUUGAAAAACUCAUAAAAAUUUAGAAAAUAUUAGUAAAGUAAUAUGAAACCUUUCCAUGUGAAAGAACACAAUGUGCACUAGGGUUUUUUUAUACUGAAUUGUUGAAUGACUAUUUAGCAGCAAAUCAAUUGUUUAGUGUUUUGGCUAUAUCUGAUGAAAAAAUGAAGAAAAUUACCUUGAAUCAAGAUGUCUUCAAUAGUAAGAUGAUUUAUUUAUUAACUGAAUUUAAUGGGAAGAUGAAGAUAAAAUGCUCAUCAUAUGAUGCUGAUUCAUUUUUAGGUAUUUCGAAUGAAUCAAUUACUAAUAAAAUCAUAGAUGAUUUAAUUCCACCAGGAAUAAGUGAAAAUCAUGAUGAGAUGAUUAUAGAUUUCUUAAAAAAUGGUAAAUCGAAAUAUCUCAGAUAAUUAUAAGUUAACUUUUUGUACUAUAAAUAUUAGCAAUACAUGAUGGAAAUAGAUUUUGCAAUUGAAACCAAUCUAAUUUAAGAACUCAAUUUCAUUGUUUUUAUUCAACCCACAAUGAGUUAGAUUCUAUCUAUUGUUUUGGACAUAAAUUUGGCAAUUGUAUGCAUGAGUAAAGCUUUUAUCUAAGAAUUGGACUUGUAAGAGAGCAUCAAAUUUUAUUUGGGGAUGAAUAUUUAAAAAAUAAUCCCAUCCUUCCGAAAUAACAUCCUAGAAAAUCAUUUUAUCGAAAAUGCAGAAGCCCACUUUGAAAAUUAUGAUGUAAGAUCAAGUUCAUCUUCAAGAGAUCAUCCUUAUCAUACAUCCUAUUAUAUUAGAACAAAGAAAAUAGAUGAUAGAAUAGCAUUCUAUUAUGUGUAAUUUGAGUAUUUCAAGAAAAACGCAAUUGGUUAAGUUUCCAGUUCAGCCGAUUCUGUAAACACGAGUCACCAUUUAGUCUUAGACUAUAUAUAUGAGGAUAAUAUUAAUGAAAUAUGCGAAGAAGCCCCUGUUGAGAUUCCUAUUGAAGAUGAAGUUAAAAGAGAGCAUCCCUAAUUAAAUUAUGUUGGAGGUUAAUAUUCAGAACAAAGUCAUGUGAUUAAUGAAUUUAAAUAUGAAUAAACUAAUAUCAAAAGUACUCUUAGAUGCAAUUAGACACUCUUGGAAUAAAAGUACUCCAAUGUGAAUAAAAAUCCAUCAAAAGUGUUGAUUUCUCAUAAAAAUGAAAGCGAUGUUCAUGAUGAUCAAAUCAAGGUCCAUUAAUUAGAUGAGUGUUAAUCUUCCUAGAUUUCCAGUUUACAAGGCUUGAGACGAUCAGAAUUCUACAAAAAAUAUGAAUUAUACUAGAAACUUAGAUUUCAAGUUGGAAAUUCGAAAUACCAUAAAUUGUUCAUUAUUACUUUUACUUUGAGUUUAAUUAGUUAAGUGAUAAUUUAAUCGAUUUAAAUAGCAAAGUUAAAUAUCAACUUAUAGCUUCUGGCUGCUGAUAUAGACUUACUGUAAGUAAAGAAUCUUGUAUAUUAGCCAUUAGAAUCCUUUUUAUUAACCAGAUGGACUAUAUUUAAUUAUAUAUAAAUGGAGAUCGCAGGAGAGAUUACACAAUAAGAAUUCAACUAUCUUGUGGAGUUUCCUAGGUCGAAUCUCAAUCUAGGUUAUGAUUAAUUAGAUUCUAAUUUGAAACAAGUAUUGGAUAGGAUAAGCGUUUCUGGUUUUUUUGAAAACAAAUCUUUAGAUAUUUAUGUUUAUGUAUCUACAGGCGAAGGUGAACUUUAUAAUUUAACGUUAAGGAAUGGCAUUCAAAUAUUGCUAAACUAUUUAUAUGAGAUUAAGAAGAGAUAUUAGAUUGAAGGAACAAUUGUCUCAGAUAGUCCUUAUGUCUACUAUUCCUAUAAGAAUUAUUUAACUAUGAAAUCAGAAUUUAGCCAAUUGAACUAGUAAAUUUUAAGUAGUACGAUUACCAAGUCAUAGCAAGAAUAAUCAUAAGAAGAGUUUAUUUUUAUAGUUGCAGUAGGAAUUGCUUUUAUAUAAUUUUGUAUAACUUUUAAUUAUUUUAUUCAAAUUUAGAAAUUAAUUAAUAAAUUUUAUGGUCUCAUUUAAAAUAUGGAUGCUGAUUACACCUAUUAAGAAAUUACUAGAUUGAAAUUUAUAUCUAGUCGUUUAAAUAAAAGUUCAAACAUGUUAUUUAGAUUCUAAAUCAACAUCGAGUAAAGGGAAAAGGAAUUCCAACAUAAAUCAUUUGAUUUGAACAUCAAGAAAAAAGUGUUACAUAGACCUUAUUAUUUGAAAUAGUACUUUGCUUAUUAUUUAUAUUUUAUUUUUGUAUUAGCGUUGAUGUUUGGGAAUGCAUUAUUAACUUUUUAAGAAAGUGGUGAAUAUUUAAACAAAUAUCCAGCAACUGCUCAAUUUUUCAAAGCCAUCUCAGAUGUGGGUACAGAUAUACCAACCAUGUAUGCUUAAAGGGAUAUUCUCUAUAAUAUUGGGCUAAUAGCUCCUUUUUUGAAUGCCACUGAAAAAGCUAGGCUUCUAUAAGAAAUCAAAGAUUCUCUCAACAGAACUAAUACAUUUAUAACUUUGGACUUUAAUCUAGACAGUUUAAUCAUUUCAACAGAGUUCAAAAAUUAUUACUAUCAGAUUUAGAAAGAGAACCUUUGCAAUUUUCUGCCAAAUUAUAUAAGUUCGAAAUCAUAAACUCUAUGUCCUUAAAUUAUGGAUUAAAAUUUGGAAAGAGGCCUUUUAGGAUUGUUGAUUUAUAUCAGUAAUUUCAUCAAUACUGAUAUGGCUCUAAAUCAAUUUACAAAUAAAUUGCAAUAAAGCUAUUUAGAAUUGGAAGGUGCCUUUUUGGUCUCCUACAUUAUCAAAGAUAUAAAUACUAGCUUUCACUUUGAUUUACAAUCCUAGACUCAGUUUUAUAUUGACAAAAUCAGUGUGCAUAAUCUAGCAAUUCUCAUAUUUUUAUGCAUCUUGGUUGUGCUUACAUUAACAAAGAUCAAGAAUAAGCUAAUUUAAAAAUUAUAUUUGGCUUAGAGACUUCCAUACUUGAUGCCGAUAAAAACAGUCGUAUUUAACGAUGGCUUUGAAAGGAAUCUAAGAUAACUCAUCCAAAAAUGA